AAAAGAAUUAAAAGGUACAAUAUGCGAGAUCUAUUGGUUUUACUACUUUUUUUAUCAUCAUGCCGUGCCAGAUUGCUUGAACUAGAAUUAGAAGACUUCCAGGGUGUUGGUCGAUCUAUCGUGACAAGACAAAAUGCUUCCGAUGGUAAAGUCGUCCACCUUUUAUACGAUAAUAUAAUCCGGUAUGAAAUGUGCGUUCAUUCUCCGCUUGAAAUGACUAUAUCUAAUAUUUUCUUUUCCAACGACGCCGACAAUAAAGGUGACGAAAUUAGCGUUUACAUGGAUGAAAAACUUGUUGGUUCCUUUAAAACAAACCAACCAGAGUUAUUAAGACUUUCGGAAUGGAAUAAUUUCCGCCCUAGUGGAGUAAUUGGCGAAUCUUUUCGUUUGGACUAUGGGCGUCAUAUGCUUACAAUCCGGGUAACACAAGCAGAUGACUUUGGUGUUGAGUUGGACAAUAUCCAGUUCGAAGUUGGAAACGCUAUCAUUACAAAUAGAAAUCUUACAUGCGAUGUGUAUUGUUUUGAUGACAUCAACUUUGAAACUCCCCGUGCUGCUGCCGAUAUUGAUGGGUUUAAAAUAAAGAAAUUUAAUAAAGCAACUGUUUGUGCAGAGGAAGAGAAUGUAAAAGUAGCUUUCUACCAUGACACAGCAUCCAAUUUCCAAAUAAAGGCAACAAGACCAAAAUAUGCAACGUGUUCAAAUAGCAGAGAGGCCGAUUUUAGGGACUGUAAACUUGCAAGUCCUGCAUGGAAAUUUAAUGACGUGCAACUUAGUUCCGGUCCACCAAUAGUACAUAAAACACAUCGUGCGUCCCUGACUGUUGAUAAUUCUGAAACAAGUGCACGAGUUGCAGUAACAUUUGACAUGUCUGGAUUUUCCAUUACCCGUGGACAGGGGGAAAGACAAACUGCCGGAAAGUUGUUUGUUAUGCUUGGAAAAUUAGACACUACAGAGGCAGCAUUCGCCAAAGUGUCAUACUUGGGAAGAACAGGACGAUUAGAACAAGGCACUGAAUUCACAUUUGACCAAGAAUUCCCUUCAAACGUUUGGGAAAUUCCAGAUAACUUCUGGGGCGAUAAUAAUGGUAAUAAAAUAAUCAUAGAAAUUAAUACUGUUGACAAUACUUUCAACGGAGUAUAUGUUAAGGAAAUAAGAUUAGAAAAACGAGACAUGCAAGUUCGUCCAUUUAUCAUAUAUAAUGACGGAAUAUUUUUGUUCGAAGGUUUACACAGAGAUCCGUGGUGGUUAAAGCAAACAGCAAUGAAAGUCAAUAUGGUAGAAGGUGGGGUUUCCGGUAAAGUUUUCGAUGACGUAGCUAAUCUCCGAUUGUACAUGAAAAAACCUUAUGAUGAUGGUUAUUCUCAAAUUUUUGUCAUCCACGAUGAUGGUCAUAGUCGCGUACAGCCAGUAACCCCACACGGCAUGGACUGGACACCGUUUGGUUCUUCACUUGUAAUUGGCCCAACUAGUCCCAACGUACAGCGUCCAUUUGUAUCCAUAAAAUCAAUUGAUUUAGUACCAAGCAAGUUAAUGAUGACGAUUAGAUAUCAUGACGAGUCUUCCCUGGUACUCAAAGUGGUAGCGUCGCCAACAGAAACUAUCGUUAAAAUCCGCAAAUAUAAAACAACAAAAGAUCGUAACCAAAAUGCCCUCUUCACAUUUUUGUCGACUUGGGUCCAAAACGGAUACUCGUAUGUUGAUCACAUGUCUGUAGAUGGUGGAGUAGGAGAUGGUAUAAUGAAAGAUUUUGUUGGUGGUGACACAAGGCUUGGAACAAGAGCAAAUUUCUACAGAAAAUGUCUCUCACGUUUAAAUACACAGAGUCCUGAUAUUGAAAUCACAGUUCAUGGUGUCUCUGGUGAUGAAGAUUAACUUUCUGUGCUUCUUUAUGCUCUGUAGGAACAUAACAUUUUAGGUUUCUACUAUAAACAUUUUUAUUUUUAUAGGAAUAAUGUAUAUGUACAGUAGUCAUAUUAAAAAAAGAAUAGAAGUUCA